UUUGUGCUUCCUGGGUUCCCAGUCUCCGUUCCCCCGCAGCGCCGCGCUCGCCGUGCCCAGCGCCGUGCCCAGCGCCGUGCCCGUGGCGGGGCCAGCUCUGCAUCGGGGGCCGGCGCCUCUGCACCAUCGGCCUGAGGAGCCGGCACAGCGCGGGCAGCGUGCCCGCCCAGCUGCCUCCCAGCCUGGACAUCAAACACGUCAUGGGAUUGGCUGACCUGAAGAAAAAACUUCCAGAAGCCGCUUUUGGGAAAAAAAAUUACACCAGGAAUGAAGUCUGCUUCCAGGGUGUUUACUCCAGCCUCUACGAGGUGGAAAUAUCCAACAAGGAGCAGCCCAGAAUGGAUCAGCUGCUGGAAAAGCUGAGGGAGGAGGACCUGGCAAUCAUCAAAUAUUUACAGGACCAGGGAGUUCUGAUCCUGCUCACGUCCUCAGCCCUGGCACGGGAGGAUGGCCUGGAGCCCAAGGAGCCCAGGGAGCCCAGGGAGCCCAAGGAGCCCAGGGAGCCCAGGGAGCCCGUGACCCUGCUGGCCCUGUUCCUGUUCCGCUCCCCCCGCGCGCUGAGCCCCCGAGCGGAGCAGCCGGACCCGAGGGCCAGGCAGGAGGGCAGUGCCAGGAAUUCCCUCUCGCUGAAAAUCGCCUCCGUUGUGCCGGGGCUGCGCUACGCCCUGCGCAAGGCAGCCGGCUCCCCCUGCAGCCCCCCGGGCGUGCCCAGCAUCCAGCAGCACCUCCAGGAGUAUGCCCAGCUCCGGGGCAGCCCUGAGGGCAGCCCGUGGCAGGGCAGUGACGCUGCCGAGCCCGCUGGCCCCUGUCCCUGGCAGGAGGGGGGCGCGGGGCCGUGCCUGGCGCAGCUGCGCCGGUACCUGUCCGACCCCAGCAGCUUCACCCUGGGCAUCUCUGCAGCCUUGCGGUGCCUGCGUGGGGCUGGCAGCGAGCUGGCACCCGCUCCUGGCACCUCCUGCUCCCCCCCCGUGCCCCCAGAUCCUGCUGCUGCCGGCGGAGCGGCGGGAAUCCCGCGGGAUAAGGGAGGGCUUCCCAGCGUGCCUUCGGAGAGAUUGCUGAAAAGUUUCACCUCUCCCACCAAGCCCUGGGGCAGGGAGGUCAGGAGGAAAUCCAGCAGGAUCCUCGGGAAGAGCGUGCCGCCCCUCAAGGCACAAGCACAUCCAGGGGAGAGCAGCAGCAGGAGCAGGGAGGCAGCCAGGAAAAAAACCAGCGUCGCCUCCCCUUGUCCCAAAAAAUCGGGAUCUGCUGGGAAUGCCAACGAGCCCAUGCUGAAAUUGGCCAAUUUGCAGUUGCCACAUGGAAGGAAAAGAGGUGCAGAGGUGCUGGCCGCAGAAAUUGUCCACAAACCCCAGUGUGAAAGUGCUGAGAAGGAAAUCUCAGCUCCCAAUGGUCCUGGCGUGGAGGCAAAGAGGCCAAAAACUCUGGAAAACCUGGAUUCCAAGAAGGCUCCUGUCACUGAGGGAGGCACGAAGCCAGGGAAAAGCAAAACGCAGAAAAACGUGGAAAACAAAACAUCAAAACCUCCUGAGAAGCAGCAGGAAGAGAGCGAGCUGAAGGAGCUGCUCUCGGAGCCCCCCCCCGAGGCCUCAUCCCAUCCCUCUGGAGCAGAAAUCCCAGGGAAUGUCCCUCCCGUGGCACUUGCCAGCGUGGCCUUUGCCCUGCCAGGGGACAGCGGUGACUCGCACGCCCUGAACCUGCUGGCCGACCUGGCGCUGGGCUCCUGCAUCCCUGCCUUCAUUCCCAAGGAUUCCGGGAGCGUCCCCAUGGAACCUGGGGAUCCCUGGGAGCGGCAGAGCCCGUCCGACCCCAAAUCCCUGCGCGUGGAUUCCGACCACAAGUACCACAGGGCAGACAGGCAGGGCAGAAAACCCACCUGCAGCAAGGUGCCCCCGACGCAGCCGCUUCCCGAAGAAGCAGAUCCCAGCCAGCUGGCCUCUCCUCCUUUGGAAAAACCCUCUGGAAUUCCCAGCAGGAGCAGCGGGGCUCCCAUCCCCGCCGCGUUCCGGGCGUUCCCUCCCCGGGCGGCCGCGCAGGGCUGCGGGGUGAACAAGCACUCCAUCAUCUCAGCCGAGCACUCCUACGCCUCCCCGCUGCCCGAGGAUCCCAGAGCACCCCCAGAUCCCAAAGGGAAUGCCGGAGCUGCCCCCAGGAACCCCCCGGGAGCUCCCUUGGUUGGGAAGGUGCUGCCGUUCCGGCGCCACCAGAGCAGCGCCGAGCCCGCCCGGAGCCUGGGCGCUCCCAGGAAGAAGGAGGAUUUCUCCCAGAGCCACACGGUGAAUCUCUGUGGGAACUCCAUGAAGGUCACGCGCCGCUGGGAGGAGGAGUACCUCUUCCACCUGGACAGCAGGUACACCAAUGAUUCCCUGGAGAAAACCGUCAUCCGUGCCCUGCAUGGGCCCUGGGAUCCCGAUCUUCCCGACGACGUGGAAGGGAUGAAGCUGAUCCUGCACAUGUGGGUGGCCCUGUUCUACAGGAAGCCCAGCAAGCUCCUGAGCAGCUCCAGGAAGGUGGUGGAGCACAGCAAUCCCAGGAAAUUCGUCUCCAUCAACAGCUCCGGCUUCCUGGAGCUCAGUGACGACAGCCAGGACUGCUUUGGCUUCGAGACGUGUCCCGCAGACUCCGGCUCAGAUCCUGACCAGACCCCCAGCAGCUCCCUGGAUCCCAGCCCCCCUUCCCAGGGCUCUUCCCAGCCCCAGAGGAGCCCCGCGGAUUCCCAGACGGACGCGGACGGAGCCGCUGCGGCCGUGGACAGCACGGUGUCCUCCUCCUCGGGGGAGCUGCCCUGCGGGGAGGAGGAGGAGCAGCCUUCCUCCACCAGCUGUCCCGAGAGCCUUGCCCUGCAGGAUGGCGCCAGGGAGAAGCUGGAUGUGGCAGGGGGGGAGCCGGAGGGCGCUGCCGAGGAGAGCGCGCGCCGCGUCUGGAGCGUCACCGCGGAGGAGCCAGCCAAGGAGGAGCUGCUGGAUGCCAGGAUCACCCCCAGCCCUCCCCAGGAGCUCGGCUGUCCCAGCAAAUCCCCGGGCACGGAAAACCCCGGGAGCCAAGCCCCAAACUCCAGCACAGCUCCAGGGCCAGACCCCCCCGGUGCCCCUCAGGAAAACGGGGAGCAGCAGCAGGAAAACCAGCAGGGAGCAGGCUCGGGGAGUGGCCCCGGCCCUCCCGAGGAUGAGGAGGGAGUGGAAGGCUCAGGGCAUUCCCUGGAAGCUGAGGAUGGCGCUGAUGCGCAGCCUGCCUGUGAUUCCGCGCCCUUGGAAGCAGCUCCUGGGAGUGCCGAGCCUGGGGGAGCCACUGAGGAAGAGGAGGAAGGCCAGGAGCACUCGGAAAAAGAGGAGAGGGAGGAGGAGGAGGAGAAGAAGGAGAGUGAGGAGAUGGAGGAUGAAAGCUCCUUCGUGGGCCCCGUGGGCUUGGUGCUGUCCGAGAGCAGCGAUGCCGAGAUGGAGUGCGAGCACGGCGAGAAGAUUCCAGGGAAUUCGGCGUCUCCAGAGCGGUUUGGUGUUCCUGAAGAGGCCCCCCUGCCCAGCCCCACCUCCCUGGCUCCCCCCUGCCCCGACAGAUCCUCCCCAGCGCCCUCAGAUGGGGCCGGGACUGACCCUGGGGGCUUUCCCGAGGAGAUGUCACCAAAGCAGGAGGAGCUCCCGGAUCCCUGGGACGCUCCGGGCACGCCGCAGUCGGGGACAAACGGGGUUGGAGGAGGUCUGGCCGAGGUGGGGUCACCCCACAGUGACAGCGGGGAGCUGCCAGUGCCCCCCGAGCCCAGCCCUGUCCGUGAGGCACAGCCCGACAGCGUUACAGACAGCCCAGGACCUGCCGGAGCCGCGCUGGGAAACGGCUCCGGGCACAAAAUCCAGGAUCAGGCUCCCCCUGGGGAGCGCUGGGAGCCUGCUGGGAGCACGGGGUCCCCCUGCAGACAGGGGGUGAGCCUGGCCCUGUCCCCCGACUCCAGCUCCCUCUGCCUGACCUCUCCCGACGCGUCCAUGGAGCCCUGGGCUGCUCCAGAGGAUCAGCCCAUGGAGAGCGUCCAGUCCCCGUCCCAGAGCGACCGGGCACGGAGCAGCUGCUCCCCCCAGCCGGGUGGGGGUGACCCCGAUCCCGACCCCAAUUCCCUGGAUGCUGAGGAGUCAGAGCAAGGCAGGAACGGGGUUUUGGUGGAGGAGCAGCAGGGGAGCCCCUCUGCCAAUGACAUGGAGGAGCUGGAUGAUCCCGUGGGAGCGGGAGAGGGCCGGGACUCGCCCUUUGAGUACACAGACAGAGCUGAGGAGAGCGAGGAUGCGUUCCCUGGGACAGAGAAUUCCCCUGGGAAUGACACCACGGACGCGGAGAUGGCGGAGGUGCCUCUCCACCGUCACCUCCUGGAAUCAGAGCCCUCCUCCUCCAUCAUCUCAGCCACACAGGAGCUCCCCAGGCAGCAGCAGAGCUUCCCAAACCUCCACGGGGACUCAGACCCCAAUGCCGGUGUUCCCGCCGUGCCGGGCCGCCGGGAGUCGGUGCUGUGCCGCCUCUGGAAGCCUCUGGAAGGAGGAGCCACGCGGGUGAGCGUGGCUGCCUGGAGCCUGGAUGGCUCCUUCCACCCCAGCCGUUCCCCAGCGCUGCUGGAGUGCCCAGCUCCCUGCUCCCCCGUGGGUGCGCCAGCGGAGCCGGGAUCUGCUCCUGCUCGUGCGUGUGAUCCAUGGGAUGAUCCAGAGCCUGCGGAGCCAGGAUCUGCUCCUGCUCCUGCGUGUGAUCCAUGGGAGCCAGCGGAGCCGGGAUCUGCUCCCUGUGAUCCAUGGGAGGAUCCAGAGCCUGCGGAGCCAGGAUCUAGCGUGCGGAGCCGGGAUCUGCUCCUCUUCCUCCGUGUGACCCAUGGGAGCCAGCGGAGCCGGGAUCUGCUCCUGCUCCUCCGUGUGACCCAUGGGAGCCAGCGGAGCUGGGAUCUGCUCCUGCUCCUCCGUGUGAUCCGUGGGAUGAUCCAGAGCCUGCGGAGCCGGGAUCUGCUCCUGCUCCUGCGUGUGACCCAUGGGAGCCAGCGGAGCUGGGAUCUGCUCCUGCUCCUGCUCCUGCGUGUGACCCAUGGGAGCCUGCGGAGCCGGGAUCUGCUCCUGCUUCUCCUCCUCCGUGUGAUCCAUGGGACGAUCCGGAGCCUGCGGAGCUGGGAUCUGCUCCUCCUUGUGAUCCAUGGGAUGAUGCAGAGCGUGCGGAGCCGGGAUCGGCUCCUCUUCCUCCGUGUGACCCAUGGGAGCCAGCGGAGCCGGGAUCUGCUCCUGCUCCUGCUCCUGCUCCUCCGUGUGAUCCAUGGGAUGAUCCAGAGCCAGCGGAGCCGGGAUCUGCUCCUCCUGCGUGUGACCCAUGGGAGCCUGCGGAGCCGGGAUCUGCUCCUGCUCCUGCUCCUGCUCCUCCGUGUGACGGAGCCGGGCCAGUGGAGCCGGGAUCUGGUCCUGCUCCGUGUGACCCAUGGGACGAUCCGGAGCCUGCGGAGCCGGGCUCGCCGCUCCCCGGGAUGCUCCCUGACACUCCAGACAGUGCCCGGUGUCCUCCGUGUGACCCAUGGGACGAUCCGGAGCCUGCGGAGCCGGGAUCUGCUCCUGCUUCUCCUCCUCCGUGUGAUCCAUGGGACGAUCCGGAGCCUGCGGAGCCGGGAUCUGCUCCUGCUCCUCCGUGUGACCCAUGGGACCAUCCGGAGCCUGCGGAGCUGGGCUCGCCGCUCCCCGGGAUGCUCCCUGACACUCCAGACAGUGCCCGCCCCAGAAGCCGUGGCAGCCCCAUGCACGGUGGCAGCCUGA